AUGGCAAAAAAAGUUUUGUCAUAUUAUGAUGUUAUACUUUAUGAAGAGGAUGUAAAAUUAUUUGAUGAUUAUAACUGGAUCAAUGAUCAAUGUAUUGAUUUUUAUAUAGAACCAGCAUUAAUUUACCUUAUAUCCAAUGCUGCUGAUACAAAAUAUUUUAAAAAUGUUAUCCCAAAUCAAGUAUUUUCAUCAGAAAUAUUUUUUAUGAUAAUAAAUAACAAUUUAAAUGUAAAUCAAUCAAUAGGUGGAACUCAUUGGUCAUUAUCAAUCUAUGUUAAAGGGCUUAAUACAUUUUUUCAUAUACAUGUUAACAAUUAA